GUACAGGAAGGCUGCGCUGAAAUGGCACCCGGAUAAAAACCCAGACAACAAGGAGUAUGCUGAGCAGAGGUUCAAGGAGAUCGCUGAGGCAUAUGAAGUGCUGUCAGACAAGCAGAAGCGUGAUGUCUAUGACCGCUAUGGCAAGGAUGGACUCAUGGGAGCAGGACCAGGGGGCUCCAGAGCCAAUGCCGGUGCCCCCGAAUUCACCUUCACCUUCCGCAGUGCUCACGACGUCUUCCGGGAGUUCUUUGGCGGGCGAGACCCCUUUGCUGAAUUCUUUGAUGAGGUGCUGCCUUUCUCUGAGCUGCGAGGACCAGGUCCCCGGCACCAUGGGGGAGGCCACUUCUUUACCCCAUUCCCAGGAUCCUCAGAUUUCUUCGCCUCAUCCUUCAGCUCUGGCACGGAUGCAGGGCUGGGCUUCCGCUCCGUCUCCACCUCCACCACCUUUGUUAACGGCAGGCGCAUCACCACCAAGCGAAUUAUUGAGAAUGGGCGGGAGCGCGUGGAAGUGGAGGAGGAUGGGGAGCUGAAGUCCAUCCACAUUGAUGGUGUCCCUGAUGACAUGGCACUGGGUCUGGAGCUGAGCCGGCGGGAGCAGCAAGCCUUCCCCACCCAACGGCCCCCUUCACCCCCCCCAC